AUGAAUAGCAGUGAAAGUGUGAUCGGCGUAAAAACUAGGUCCAUGAAUAUAUGUGAAAGAGUCCUUCAACCAAGAAUAAAAAGAGACUAUUGUCAUAUUACCAAAGAAAAGAAAGCUUAACUGAUUCAAACUGUACUGAAACAAAAAUGUAAAAUAAAAAAAAUAGCAAAGGAUUUAAAUAUUAACUAUGCAACCGCAAAAACUAUUCUUCAUUGUUUUAAGAAAAAAAAAAUGACUUUUGAAUCAGAUCUCGAAGUAAAAAGGGUGUCUGUUGGUUCAAUAAAGGAAGAUUCAAAGUUUUGGGUUUAGGUAAAAGUAGCUGAUCAGACAAUUAAACACUAUGAGUAUUUCGAUGAAAUCAAGAGAAUCUAAUGAUUUAUUUUUAAACCUUCUUCACAUUCAUUAAUCUACACAUUAUUUAUGCUGCCACAAUUAUAUUGGCUUAAAUUUGGUAUAUUGUUAUCAGAAAAAUGAAAAAAUAGGCCUAUUUAAAUAACCUUCCAAAGAACAGACAAAGGGAAGAAAAUGAUUAUCCAAAUUUCUCCGCAAUUAAACUUGUAAGCGACAAGGAUUGAUAAUUUAUUAAGAAAUGUACAAAGCCGAUACAAGCUUAUAAUUGUUUCUUUAGUUCAGUGAUUAAACUAUAUUAUACAAUAUAAUUUUAUUCAACCUUUCUAAGGUAAUAUUAUUUAAUAAUAUAUUUAAA